GUAAACAAAGCCACUGGUGACCGAUGUGGACGGGGAUUUUUCACAGCACUCAGUCACCGUAUAAAAGCUGCGGCUGAGUCGGAGGUCGAGUCAGAACUGAGCGCUAAUCACUUCGAGACGCGAGCAAAGAGAAAUUCGGCUCAAGGCAUCUUCACCAAUUCAAUCCAGAGAGUUUUUGCGUGACCGAGAUUAAAAAUGCUGUCGAUGAUUCUGCUGCACGUCCUGAUCAUAUCAUCCGUCAUGACAACCGUCACUGGCCAGACGACGACGGUCGCGGCGGCGACGACGACGACUGCCGCCGCUGCCACGACGACUGUCGCCGCCGCCGCCACGACAACAGUGGCCGCCGCCGCCACCACGACGACCGCCGCCGCCGCCACGACGACUGUAGCCACCACGAGCGCCGCCGCCCCGGCUGCACGUGCUGGGGUCACGUUCAUGAGCGGCCUGAUACUGUGUCACGUCAGCGUGUCGCUGCUCAAGCUCUUCGCCGUGGCGUGACGCGGUUGUUCUCACGGUCUCUGACAGAAUCUGAUUAUUGGUUGAUGAUGAUGACGUAAUGACGCGCUGGUGUUGACGGGAUUUCUUUAAAGUCCAUAUGAUGCAAAGUGUUCAAUAAAAACGUGGUCAAACACA